CGGCCGCCUCAAGCGCCGCGCGGCGGUCGCGCUCACCAGCACUUCGCUGCUUUACGGCUCCGCGGCACCGCCUCCUUCCCUCCCUCCCUCUCUCCGCUCGCCAAGAUGGCCGUGGCCGGGACCCUCUACACGUACCCAGAGAACUGGCGAGCCUUCAAGGCGCUGAUCGCAGCCCAAUACAGCGGCGCCAAGAUCAGGGUCCUCUCGACCCCCCCCCACUUCCACUUCGGGCAGACCAACAAGACCCCCGAGUUCCUCCGCAAGUUCCCGGUGGGGAAGGUCCCGGCGUUCGAGGGUGACGACGGAUUCUGUGUCUUUGAGAGCAACGCCAUCGCCUACUAUGUCAGCAAUGAGGAGCUGCGCGGGACCACGCAGGAGUCGGCGGCGCAGGUCGUGCAGUGGGUGAACUUCGCCGACAGCGACAUCGUGCCCCCCGCCAGCACCUGGGUCUUCCCCACACUGGGCAUCAUGCACUACAACAAGCAGGCGACGGAGUUUGCCAAGGAGGAGGUGCGGCGGGUGCUGGGGGUGCUGGAUUCCCACCUCCGCACCCAGACCUUCUUGGUGGGAGAACGCGUGUCCUUGGCCGACAUCACGGUGGUCUGCGCCCUGCUCUGGCUCUACAAGCAGGUGCUGGAGCCGGCGUUCCGGCAGCCCUUUGGGAAUGUCAACCGGUGGUUCGUGACGUGCCUGAACCAGCCCCAGUUCAAGGCGGUGCUGGGAGAGGUGCAGCUCUGCGAGAAGAUGGCCCAGUUCGAUGCCAAGAAGUUUGCGGAGGCACAGCCACGGAAGGAGCCCCCCCGGAAGGAGAAGCCCCCCCGAGAGGAGAAGCGGAAGGAGGAGAAGAAGGAGGAGAAGAAGCCGGAGCCCGAGGAGGAGCUGGAUGAGUGCGAGCAGGCGCUGGCAGCUGAGCCCAAGGCCAAGGACCCCUUUGCCCAUCUGCCCAAGAGCCCCUUCGUGCUGGACGAGUUCAAGCGCAAGUAUUCCAACGAGGACACGCUCACGGUGGCGCUGCCGCACUUCUGGGAGCACUUCGACCCCCAGGGCUGGUCCCUCUGGUUCUGCCAGUACCGCUUCCCCGAGGAGCUGAGCCAGACCUUCAUGAGCUGCAACCUCAUCACUGGCAUGUUCCAGCGCCUGGACAAGCUCCGGAAAAACGCCUUUGCCAGCGUCAUCCUGUUCGGCACCAACAACGACAGCAGCAUCUCGGGAGUGUGGCUGUUCCGGGGGCAGGAGCUGGCGUUCCCGCUCAGCCCCGACUGGCAGGUCGAUUACGAGUCCUAUUCCUGGCGGAAGCUGGACCCGGAGAGCGCGGAAUGCCAGACGCUGGUCAAGGAAUACUUCACGUGGGAAGGGGAAUUCCAGCACGUCGGGAAACCCUUCAACCAGGGCAAGAUCUUCAAGUGAUUCCCCAACUGCUUCCCGCCUCCUUCCCGGAAAUAAACCCGCGCCGGCCACGGUGCGGCACCACCGGC